UAAUAUCAACCCAAUACAAUGAUUUACGAGUUUUACGACUGAUCUAUGAAUGACACCUAUCAUAAAAAUAAGUUACGUGUAGAACACGUAGGUAGAUAAUAAAUAUGUUAUGUAUUUAAACACAUUCAAUAGUUUUCUAGUUCCUUAUUCACUGUCAGACUGCAGCAACAAGCAGUCAAAAUGACACAGUGUCUUUUUGUGACCAUUGUCCUGAAAAUUAUAUUAUUACAUGCAUUCUGCUCUAGUAUUGAUUCAGAGCCUCAAUCAGAGAAUGGAGACGGCGACCCCGGUGAACCCCUAUUCCUUUCUCCGUACCUCGAACGCGGCGACGUCACCUCGGCGCGGCAGUUUGCGCGCGUGCCACUCCUUCACCACCUACACGUCGAGAGCUACGCCGGCUUCUUCACCGUCGACAAAGCCUACGAUUCUAAUCAUUUCUUCUGGUACUUGCCUAGCAUGUCAACUAACAGAAACAAUGAUCCCGUUAUCUUAUGGUUAGAAGGGGGACCGGGCGGUUCAGGUAUGUCCAACGUGUUUAUGGGAAAUGGUCCCGUUGACCUGAAGAACCACACGUUUAUACCCAAAAAGUACCACUGGGUCCUCAACCACCAUAUGAUCUAUAUAGAUAACCCAGUGGGCGCUAGCUUCAGCUUCACUAAACACAAGGAUGGUUAUUGCACAGAUGAAACACAAAUCGCUGAACAUCUGUACUCCAGCCUGACUCAGUUCUUCCAGCUUUUCCCAGAGCUGCAGCAGAAUGAGUUCUUCAUCGCAGGAGAGUCAUACGGCGGGAAGUAUGUCCCGGCUCUAGGCUACGCUAUUCACAAGAAGAACCCCACAGCAGAAACCAAAAUAAACCUCAAAGGUUUAGCUAUCGGUAAUGGUAUGACUGAUCCUGAAAACCAGUUAAAUUACGGAGAGUUCUUAUAUCAAAUAGGUCUUAUUGAUUUUAAUCAGCGUAAAACGUUUGAAGAAUACGAAGCUAAGACCGUGAAUUAUAUUAGAAGCGGCCAGUGGAUCGAAGCCUUCAAUACUUAUGCCGCUCUUAUUCUCAAAAAUAAUUCAUUAUUUAACAAUUUCACUGGAUAUUCUGAAUACUCGUACUAUAAUUACUUAUGUACUGGAUUUAAAGAAAUCGAAUCGAAUGUUUCAGUUGAACUCCAGUUUAUAUUGAAACAAAACGCUUUUCGAAAAGCAAUCCACGUAGGAAAUUUGACAUUCCAAAAUGGUUCCUUACUGCGGGAGAUUUUGCAAGCAGAUGUAAUGAAGUCAGUUGCUCCGUGGUUAUCUGAACUGUUAGACCAUUAUCAUUGUUUGGUGUACAAUGGACAGCUGGACAUUAUAGUCGCUUAUCCUUUGACCCUCAACUACUUGCAGAAGCUGAACUUCAGUGGUUCUGAGGAAUACAGGAAGGCGAAGCGUUCGAUCUGGCACGUGGACGGGGAGAUAGCGGGGUACGCCAAGCAGGGGGGGAGGUUGGUGGAGGUGCUGGUGCGGAACGCGGGGCACGCGGUAAUAUGGGACAAGCCCAAGUGGGCGAUGGACAUGAUCCAACGAUUCACCCAUAAUAAAAAUCAUUGGGACAUAAAAGCAUAGUGAAUUGUGAUAUUAAUUACCGGACUAUUUUGUAGUGUGUCAAUAUGCGAUUGCUGCACAAAAAUUAUACAAAUACAAUAAUUGAUAAUUUUGACUUCAGUCUACUAAUAGACAAGUUGAUAACCAAACCAUAGACAUUCAGAUCAGAAUAUAAGAUGAGUCUGCGGUAUGAUGCUAGCUGACAUGACUAGUCUACAUGGAAUUAAAGCCGUCUACAUCAGGAUAAAACCGACAGACAAGACCAAAGAGUUGCAUUAUGCAGAGCCUUGAUUAGAGCGGAAACGCUCCAUUACACGCGCUUUGAUGUCGCGCCUCUAUCGCGCUUAGUGUUGCCAGGUGUGAAAAAAUGCAUGGUAGGUUUAUUGUGAAAGCAUGUUAAAAAAAAUAAAAAUAUUUUUAAUAAUAGAGCAAAGUUUGUUUUUUCUGAUAAUCUUGUGUUCCGAGAGCGAAAGAUCCUAUAAUAGAAUUACGAUAUUCACGAUCGAAUAAACGAACGUCCGAGGUGCAGUUAGUUUGGUGUGGUUUGUGUUACCGUCACAACAUUUAAUUGCUGAUCGAUUUAAGGUUCAAGCUAAUUUGGUUGUCAAAACUAACGGUAUGAAAUGUCCAAUGUAAAGUGAACCCUAAAUGGCUCAACAAUUAAAGUCCGCGAGUGUACCUACAAUACGAAAGGUAUGAAAUCAAUAAAUCAUUCAAUUCAUUUUUUUCGAAUCGACAACAAAACAGAAUUUUCAUUUCAUCAACUUUAUUGUUAAGAAAUCAAAAGCGUGUGCACAUCAUUUCGAACAAUCCCGCUUAGCCAUUUCAGCUGCUAUUAAAAAAAAAACUUCUCCUGACAACCAUCUAAGUAGGGUAGACCGAGGCGGAUCGGAUCACAAGGCAAAUCGGAUCACGUUGAAUAAUCGGUUGAUAUUUCUAAUAUUGCAUUGAUAAUAAUGAGUACACUAAAAUUGCACUGUAUGUCUCUUUGCCUCUUAGUCUGCGAUGCCAAUCGCAAGAAAUAUUUUAAAUAUCAAUAGAUUUCUUAGUCUGAUCCGAUUCA